UAUCAUUUCACGACGACGAACUUAAUUUUCGAUCUCUUCCCUGCUCCUCUAUUUGCCUACCUCCAAUGUCGGCCGAUAACAUCACUUCAGCUUCCGGUCGGCAGCUACGGUCCCGUUUUGUGCCUUACAGCUCCAGCAAACAAUGGCGGAUACCAACAGAAGUAAACCCUCAUCCAACGAUCGUUUCGCUCGGUGAAGAUCUCCUCGCCGAAAAUUCUGAUUCGCCUCCCAAACCCUAGCUCCUCCUGCCGGUGCAAAGCCGUCUGCCAGGGAUGGAGGUCGCUUAUCUCCAGUCCCGGCUUCAACCGCCGUUUCGUUUCCCACCACCGGAGCAGGAACCAACAACCUCCCCUGCUUCUUCCCUCAGACGACUCGCAAUCGAACAUCCAGAGCUUUCUCUUCAUGAAUUUGAUAGGCGAAUUCUCUUUCUCAGUUUUGGAUUCCUACAAGGACUUGACUCUGUGCGGGUUCGAGACUCGCAGCCAUGGCCAAUUGCUUAGGUUGUCUUCUUCGCUCUUCCCUGCAGUCGUGACGAUGAUCAUCCUCCUCAAUUCCCCUCUUUGGUGAAGACUGCGGAUGUGCUGUCCUGCAAUUUGAAGACAGGGGGAGAGUUGGAGUGGUUCGCUGAUCUACAUAAUUUCCGAAGUUAUUGGAGUCUUUUCCUGGUUGAGUUGAACUGCGAGCUGCAUAUGAUGGAUUCUGCAGCUGGUGGGUUCAGAGCGACGAGGACGAGCCAAUAAUACCUCCCACAAUGGCUGGCCGUUGAUGGAGUUGAGCAAUCUAAUCACUAGAAGGAGCAGAUCGGUGAAGAAAGUCUUGCAUCCUAAGAAGGAUGAUGGCACUGGAAAGAAAUCAAUAUCUAUCAGACAAAGGGGAAGGAGCUGAUCAUUCGCUAUCGCUGGUGCUUAGGAGAUGUAACGACAUUGCUAUCUACGGCCUCUUUAUUCUGGUCAUAGAGCUGGCAGAAGGAAUUGCAUCUGGCGAUGGGCUGAAUCGGAGGCAAAUUAGGAGAUGGGAGCAAAAUGCAGCUAAUCAUCAGCAGCUGGGAAAAUCCACUGCCUUCAUCAUUCUGGUCCCACAUGGAGUCAGAUUCAUUUUACUAUGCUUUGCUUCCUCCAUGUACAACAGAAUAAGUGACAAAGCCCUCAAUUCCUCAUCAAGGAUGCAGUCUUUGGUGCCUAUGACGUCUUGCUAAAACUAUAUAAACUACAGAGAAUUUCAACCAUGGCAUACUUCCCCCCUUUCUCUAUUUUGCUUGCUUCUCACUUCUCCCACCUCAUAUUUUCAUGAUUAUACUUGAUCUGCAGGGUAACACCUCUUGUAUGUAUAUAUAUGCUCCCUUUUUUGCUUAUGCUACUACUACUGCUGUCUCUCCCUGUUGCACGAUCUGCACCACUGUCGCACCAACCCCUUCAUCCAUGGAAACUUUGGGUUGCCUCACAACUGGGAAAAUCAGCUUCCAUACUAGAAACAAAAGCACAAUGAAAAGGUAAAGUGAACCAUACCCAUAAAAACUUACAAGAUUAACUUCUCCUGUGCAUGGUUAUGGAGAAACAUAGAUGCAGAGAUUGGCUUACUGUAUAUUGUAGCUGCGAACCACUCGUUCAAGAUUUUCACCCAUGUACUUGCCCACCCAACAUCAAUGCUCCACCUGCAAUGGUCAGUUGAUGUUCACAGUUAAAACAGACUUGAAAUGUGGUUGGUAAAGCUCAAUUUCGCCUUGUCAGGUUUUUCUUACUUGGUUGCUGAGCUGUUCAGGUUCCAACUGAUGAAGAGCAUUGCAAAAUACAUUGCCCCCAAUGCAAACACCAGAUGGAAGAACCCAUAAUCUUAAGGGAUGCUGUCAUCUUCCUCUUCAAUCUUCUCCUUUCGGAACUGUGAUCAAAAGAGUCGAUCAAUUUGGACUGCCUGCCACUGCAACAGCGUUCAUUCAAGUGUGAACUGAUUGCAAGUUUUUACCUACCUGGAAUGCUUUGGAAUCAAUUCCUGUUGAAAAGGUUGCCAUCACAAUUGCACCUAUGGCUAUUAAGAAGCUCUGACAGCCCAUGAAGUGAUUAGUAACGCGGCAGGAAAGGGCAUUCGACUGUAGAAGAAGAGGGUCAAAUCAAAGCCUUACAAGUAUGGUAGUCCAGUCACUGUUUCCAUGACUUUGGUUUCGGUUGUUGCAUUUCUCACUGGUAGGUUCACUGCGUACAAAAAAGGUAUGUAGUAAAACCUUGUUGUCUGGAAAACGAAAGAAGAGUUGAGGUUCAAGCCACUGCAGGAGUUAGGGUCUAACCUUCUUAUAGCAGACCAACAAAGAAAGACGAGGUACGAAGCCAUGAUCCCAGACGAUAGAAGACCUCUAUUCACCUACAUAAUGAUUGGCGCAUUUCUUGCUCUUAAAAGAGGAAUGAAUUCUCAGGAAGCUGCUGCUUUUAGAAUGGUGUUGUAUACAUUAUUUAUGUUUUUUUACCUUGGAAUGCAAGGAAAUAGACAUCAGUAUAGUAAGCAGAACUGCUGUCCACGUGAUGAAGAAUAUGUUGAGAGCACAUUCAAGUCUAUGUCCAUAGAGGAAGUACAUUGCUAGAAUCCCACAGGCGGAAGCUAUGUAAAAGAUUGUUGACAUGAAUAGUCCAAAGGAGCAACUGCAGAAGAUUAUAUUAAAACCAGAAAGAGACAGAACAAAUAGAUCGAUUGCUGCUAAUUAUGUCACCAAAGGGAUACGUAUAAACAUACAUUCCGCCUUCAACGAUUAAGGAGAUUGAUGGUACCUUUGGUUUUUUCCUUCAUCAGGCAUCCAGUAAUUGUUCCACCAGCUGAUAAACUCAAUCACACUCACAAGUUGCAGAACUAGAAAAACCCUGCAACCCAAAACGAAAACUUCAGCCAUUUUUGCUUGCUUCAUAAUCCUUUCCAGCAUUCACAAUGCAUAAAGAAGAAAAGGGUGGGCGAGAGCAUUACCCUGCACCGACGCGAGCAAGUUCACCUGCAAACAGAAAUAUAGAUGAGAAUCACCGGAUAGAUUGUUGGAGAACAUGAUCUGAACUUUAAGAUAUACCAUAAACUCGAAUAUGAUUUGAAGGGAGGAAGAUACCAUAAACUUGAAUGUGAUUUGAAGGGAGGAAGAAAGGAGCUGUCAUUGACACUAUCAAAAUGACAAGUUUCGACCACCACCAACCGGAAUGCCAGCCACUGCGAGCUUGAUACAGCUUUCUUGUCUUAACCGUGGUGAACAGCAUGACAAUGAAGAAUAUCUAGUCACAGUGUCAAGGGAAGUCUUAUAUCCUGAAUUACUACAUCAAGUAAUCUAUCUCUCCUUUGUGCACAAUGAAACCAUCUUCUGUUUAUGAUUGAUUAGCCAUAACCUCCCAUCUAUUUAAGCUGCUUGUUCAUUCACAAAGGAUACAAAGCAUCCAAGACUCACUCGAAGAACCCCCAGAGUAUGGCAGCAGUCUUCCCCAUCUACUCCACAAGCUUUUACAUCUGCAUAUGUGGAUGACAUUAGUUCAAGCAGAAACUGAUCAGAUCUUAGAAUCACAGGAAGUUACUGGUUACUCACAAUUGAACUGACUGAGGACUUUCUGGCCAUAAUCUCGAAAGAACCAAGCUUUGAGAUUUGUUAUCAAGAAGAUGAUGCAGUACACGUAACGUGCUCGAAGGGCCGCCCUCUUGGCUACAGAAUGAUCAAACCUCUUUGCCUGCAACUGGUCAGGUACUUCUUGUCCUUCUUGCUGCGGAAAUAUGGUGCUGUUACUAAUGUGCAACGAACCAGCUUCAAUAGAUCGUAUAUCCCUGCGCCCCAUCAUGAUCCCUUGUUUGGUGACAAUCCCAGUGGCAAUGCAGGAAACAACGCAGAGAUGCUUCCUCCUGAUAUUUUCACCGACCAUUCAGCACGAAACUGUCAAACAAUAUAGGAAGGAAGGCUGCUGCUGCCACUUCAACAUCAAACCAUUGUUUUCAACAGAACCCAGUACUCAAAAACACACACCAAAUGAAGGGUUUCUGACAGAAACUUACUCAGAUUAGCAGCCCAAUUGAGUGGAGAAAGAGAAAUGCAGGGUGCUCAAGUGGGUGGAGAGACUGGAGAGUGGCUCUUAUUCAUCACACAAUCAGGAAACUUGCCAAACCUCUUAACCAGCAAAGGAGGGAGGAGAAAUUUGUUGGGUAGCUAAGCUAGCUGUCUAAAGUUUGAAAUUUUUGACAUAUUGAGCGCCUCACUCACUCACACUCAAACACAAUUCAUAGCCGUUGUUAGGAAACUUGUAGUGUAGUUCUUUUUUAUGUCAUCUAUCUUUUUUAUGCUUUCAAGAUACUCAAGCUAGGUAGCUAGCUAGGCUCUGUGG